CUCGUCUUCCUACGCGUCUUUUCGCGGGCGUGUUUUAUUAUGUGCUAAGUACCCGAUUCCGUACGUGCUCCCUUAGGUACAGUAUAUAGGUACAUUCAGCACCCGGCACAGGUACAUCGAACCGCCCAGCGUCCCCCGGGCCAGGUCACGUGUGCCAGGUACCGGCCACCACCAAAAGCACGCGCCAGGUACCUGAUCCGCCUGCUCCGUCCUCUGCCCCGUCGUGUACCUGAGCCCAGUCCCAUCCGAACCCGUACCAACAACAACUCGGAUCCAACCUGUGUAUCGUUGUCUUCCCCACCAUCAAUUCUUUUCUUCCCUUUUGCUGUUCUGUUGCUGCUGGUCCUCUCUCCUCUGCAAACCCUGUCCACCCUCUCUCUCUCCUCUCCCUCCUCUCUGUCUCUCUCCCCUCUGCUCUCUGCAUCGGGACGCCAAUUGUCUCUGAUCGUGGCCGAGUCCUGCCAGAUCCCUACUUGUGUCUCUUACUCCUCCCACUCUGCUGCCGCUCUGUAGUCACGGGUCCAAUCCCUGCGGUAUAUCAGCCUAUUAAUUGCACCUGUUGUUCUGGGUGCUCGCGACCGGGCGGAUGCUGCAUGUGGAUAUAGGAGCACACGGGCAUAGGAGCAUAUAGGAGUCUCGGAGCCCAGGCGGAGAAGAAGCAUCCGGAGGGAGCAUGGCCGACGACUCAAACCUCGAUUCGAACCUUCUCUCGCCCCCGAGAGUCGUCAAUGGCAAGGAGAGGAGAAACCCGUCCAUCACGCCUAGGAAGUUCAAACGAUUCUUCACUCCACGAUCCCGCGUACCCUCACGUGUCAGCUCCGCCAGGCGAGCCCUCAAGGAUUUGGCCGCCCCGACCCUCAACCACCGAUAUCACACGCCAGCCCCGUCGAGCCCCCUAGGACCGGUCCUCGAAGAACGCGGCCCGGACGAGAACUUGGAUGUGUCGAGCACUCGCUCGUCCAAGAGACGGAAAUUCCGCCAUACUCCCGAUUCCUCGCCAUGUCGACCCUCUUCGACCUUCGACCCAAAUCACCUGGCACUUACCCCUUCGGCAAAUAGGAGGUCCGGCCUGUUGAGCCCUAUUCGGUCUUUGCAUUCGAGCCAGGAGCAUUUCGAAUCCGACACGGACGAUGACAGCGACGGCGAGUUCCUGUUUCCGCUACGACCGGGAAGACGCAUAGCUCCUCUGCCCAGCCAUGGCUUGACCGGCCAGCUCGUGCAGCGGCAGCUGGGCGGAAUGCCUCGGCCAGGACGCUCCUUCAUGUCGUUCCCAACUGCGGACUGGAGAGUAGACACAGCCGACUUCUAUACUCGGCCGGACGAUGUUCACGAGUGCGUCAGCCACGACGGACCGGGACGGUGCAUCCCAUUUUGCACAGCAACCUGCCACAAGAGUAGUAUCACCGCAGUGGGCGAUGAAGAAGGCCGCGUCCGCCUGCUGGACUCCUCCGGAGCUUCGGAACCGUUCAGCAAAAUUCACCUCUGUUUCCAAGCCCAUACCAACGCCAUCAUUGACCUCUCUUUCUCCGAUGACGACUAUCUCCUGGCCACCGCGUCCGGCGAUCAGACGGGACGAGUUAUAGAUAUGAUGACACAGUCCCCCGUAGCUCUCCUCCAGCACCACACGGCCUCGCUCAAGCAGGUUCGCUUCCAACCCGGUCAGGCUAAUAGCAGCGUGUUGGCAACGUCCUCUCGCGAUGGCAGUGUUCAGAUCUGGGAUCUUCGUUGCGCAGGAAGGCCGGUGCAGGAUAUCGGACUGCCCGAGGAACGCGAGGUUUCCCUGCGCUUCCGCCGUCCACUGCCCAAGCAGGGCUGUGCCGUGAAUAGCCUCUAUCAUGCCCACGCCCGCACUUCGCGCCAAGUUCAGCAGGCGCCCACCGUCGGUCCAGGCGACACGCCAUCCCAUCGCGAGAUCCCCGGCCGAAUCGGCGACGUGUCCGUCACGGCCCUGCAGUUCUUACCCGCUGGACAGGAGCACCUGCUGCUGACAGCCUGCGAGGCAGACGCAUCCAUCAAGCUCUGGGACAUCCGCUCGAUACACAGCUCGCGGCAGAAAGUCCCCUCUCCGCUGUCGGUGACAACUCCGCCCGCUUCCCACCUCCACUGGCGACCCUUCGGCAUCUCGUCGCUGGCCCUAAGCACCGACAGCUCCCGGCUAUACGCGCUGUGCAAGGACAACACAGUCUACGCGUACUCGACCGCCCAUCUCAUCCUAGGGCACGCGCCGGAGCUCGACACGCGGAACGGCCGUCCCCGCCGGCGACACAACGCCGUUGCCCACCAAGGCCUCGGGCCUCUGUACGGCUUCCGACACCCGCAGUUUCACGCGACGAGCUUCUACGUCAAGUGUGCCCUGCGUCCGGCACGUAACGGCCAGAGCGAGCUCCUCGCCGUCGGCAGCAGCGACUGCUGCGCCGUGCUCUUCCCGACGAGGGAGCAGUACUUCCGGGACGACCUCAACAACGCCAUCGCGAACCCGACGCUCGAGCACUCGACCAUCGCGACGGCCCAGCAGCCGCCGCCGCCGUCGAGCCUGAACGCGAGCUUCUCCUCUACGACCUCGUCGACCUCGUCGUCCUUCUCGUCGGGCGACACGCUCCGGCCGGCGCCGCUCUUCCGGCCCGGCAGCAGCGCGACCGCCACAGGUGCCGGAGGCGGCGGCGGCAGCUCCUUCUCGGUGCGGCUCCAGGACGAUAUCCCGAUCGUGCGGGCGGGCACGGCGCUGGUACGGGGUCACGGCAGCGAGGUGGGCGCACUCGCGUGGACGGACGGCGGCGCGCUCGUGACGGUCGGCGACGACUACUUCGUGCGCUGCUGGCGCGAAGACCGCAGCGUCGCAGCAGACCUACGCACCGGCGGCGAGACCGGCGGGCGCCGCUGGGGCUGCGGAUGGGCCGACGUCGCCGAGGACUGGGACGAGGACGAGGACGAUGAAGAGUAAGAGGCGGGAAAGUUGGAAGAAGGAAAGAGGGAGAGGAAUGGGGAUGAGAAGGGUGGGAUGGAGAGGGAAAGGAGGGGUAUGAGAAAGCGGUAGAAAACGGAGGAGUGAAAGAGAGAUUCUAUCUGCAUGCAUGAGCCGGAGUUUUUGGAGCUGUGUUGCUUUAUUCUGAUUUUUCCCCCCUUACCCAUACCCCUCCCCUCCCACCC